AUGCAGUGGGGGCAGGCGUGUAUGUUGGUGUUGCUGUAUGAUUAUGGGAUGGAGUGCGAUACCUCCAUCUCACAGGCUUGCAGCUCUGAGUCUUCUUGUCAGUCUUGCGUUGAUCCGAACUCCUAUCAAGUUUCUUGUCAGUCCCUCAACCCAGGACAUUUCACGGGCUGUGACUGCAACUCCAACUAUUACUGGGAUUCUUCAAGCCAUUCUUGCCUGAAAUGCGCUACUUGUUCUAGUGGAAAGUACAGGAGCGGGGGAUGUAUCAGUACGAGUGAUACGGUAUGCUCGACAUGCUCGACCUGUCCCAGCGGGAAGUACAGGAGCGGGGGAUGCAGCAACACAAGCGACUCGGCGUGCUCGACAUGCUCGACCUGUCCUAGUGGGUAUUACAAGACUGGGGGAUGCAGCGGUACGCAUGAUACGGUAUGCUCCCCAUGCUCAUCCUGCCCUAGUGGGUAUUACAAGACUGGGGGAUGUAGCGGUACAAGUGACUCGGUAUGCUCGCCAUGUACCUGCUCAGGCAACGUAUACUUGAGCAUAGGAUGCUCUUUGUCAUGGACGUACAGUCGAACCUUGCUCUCAGAUACUGGUUCUGUCUUGUCACAGUGGGAGGAAAGGCUGUAUUACAACAAGCAGAACCAGCUGCUCUUUGUCAGGUAUUACUUCUUCAUCCAUGCAGAUUGGUCCUCAUCUGGGGGAAUCGACUAUUCCACAUACUAUGAUGACAACAGUUCCUUGGCAGCCUACAUAUCAACGAACUCAACUGCAAUCUAUACAGAUCAAAUUUUGCGGUUUGAAAAAGGCAACACUAUGGGGACCGGGUUUUAUUGGAAUUCCGGUCCCACAUACAAUGUUGUUGGCCAUGCAUACAGCAUCAAUGUAUACAUAGCAACUUGGAGCAACCCGGUAUGCUCGAACUGCUCGACAUGCCCGAUCGGCAAGUACAUCAGCAGCGCCUGCAGCAACAACAGCGAUACAGUAUGCGCAUACUGCUCGACAUGCCCGAGCGGCAAGUACAUCAGCAGCGCCUGCAGCAACAACAGCGAUACAGUAUGCUCGAACUGCUCGACAUGCUCGAGCGGCAAGGACAGCACCUGCAGCAGCAUCUGCAAUGCAGUGAAUGUGAUGGCUUCCGUGCCCUGUACUAUGUCGUGUCCCAACGGCUCGUACUCUAGGUACAGAUACUCCAUUAACUUUGCGAGGAGUUGUACCGCAGGUGCAUGUCCAGCGGUGCAGACCUCUGAUGCCUCCACGAGCACUGGUGCCGCAAAAGCCGUGGACAGUUACUACAACAAGGCCGACAGCAUUGCAGAGACUGCGAUCGCUACCGAUGCAUACUGGCAGGUCAAUCUCACGGCUCUCAACUUCGUACAGGAGGUUCAUAUCUUUCCAGAUUACCUGGACUACACGCUGAGCGAGAGUGUGUUUGUGUUUGUGAGUGAGAACUCUACCGUUGGGUCCGGUCAUCUAUGUGGAAAAAUCGAAUCCUUGACUUCCCCCUUCGAUGUGAAAGUCAAGUCUUAUAACCCUCAGGGUACCUUUGGAUUUUCUGCUGCUAUUGCUCAGUCAUGGGGUGCAAGCGACAUGUUCUUCAUUUGCAAGUUGUUCUUCCAAAGUAACGUACAGAAUGGGCUGAUCUUCGAAGCGGGGGGCUCGGAUGCAGGCACGUGGUUAGGAAUCCGAGACAGCAGCACACGUCCUGUGCUCCGAUUGCGCGCAGGAGAUGGAGGAACGAACAUCACCGUGGGGUCUGGUGGCACGUCUACGGCAUCAUGCAUUGACGUUCAUGAUUUUCCCUCUGACGACCAAUACCACAUUGUUGCAUGGCAGUACAUCGUGAGCACGAGGACGAUCAAUCUUUGGAUAGACGGAGCUUUGAAAGGAACAAGCUCCACCACGGAGUGGAACAGUGCCGUCACCUCUUGGAGCGGAGGCGACGAUGCAACGUACAUCUUGAGCUGCAAUUCGUCAAUAACAGUCGGUGAGGCAACAGCAGGGUGGCCGAACCAUUACGCCAGCGACCUCUACCAGUUCAGCUCCUUCUCGGAUGUUCCCCAGCUGGCUUCGAUCCCGAGGUUGGGGAACAUAGAGGAGAUCAUACGGUGCGACUAUCUCGGCCAGUAUGUCACGAUACAGAAACCCGGGAGGGCGAGACUGGGGCUGAGCGAGGUAGCGGUGUAUGGUGGGUGCGUGAGCUGUGCAGACAACGGAGUGACGACCCAAGAGAGCCCGGAUAUCAUGGCUCCAUGCAGUUUGCCUUGCGCUGCUGGCUCCUGGAGUCCGUCGGGAAACGCCUUCGACCUUCCAAGGGUGUGCAGCGCGGGCGCCUGCCCGUCUACUCAGACAAGCACGGCAUCUCCUGGCACUGGCCCCGAUAAGGCAAUCGACGGAUAUUUCAAUAGCCCACAGAGCAUCGCUGUCACGAGCAGCGUCGCUGACCUGUACUGGCAAGUUGACUUGCAAUCCAUGCAGUUGGUGCAAGAGGUUCGCAUCUACCCGGAUUACCUCGACUACACCAACACGGAGAACGUCAACGUAUACCUGAGCAACUCGACCGUGCUUGGCUCAGGGAGACUAUGCGGCACAAUUGGUACGAUCAUUUUGCCGCUCGAUGCGUACGUGACGUCAUUCAGCCCUUCUUCGAGGUACGGUUUCAGCAGCGCCAUCAGUCAGUCAUACGGUACGAGCGAUCAAUUCUUCAUAUGCAGAGUACUCUUCCCUACCAACAUCACAGACGGGUUGAUCUUUGAGGCCGGGGCUACAUAUACAGGCACAUGGAUCGGUGUGAGGGACAGCAGCACCACACCUGUGUUUCGCUUCCGAGCUGGGAAUGGGAGUACGUCUAUUCCCGUUGGUGGCAGCAUCAUCGGCGCGGCUUGCAUCGACCUGUACACCUUCCCAGCAGAUGGACUCUACCACAUUGUAGCCUGGCAAUACAUCAUCAGCACUGGAACCAUCAACCUCUGGCUCGAUGGGGUGUUGGCAGGUACCGCCUCGUGCGGGCAGUUUACCGGUGGAUCUGCUUUCGGAGCGAAUGACGGAACAUACAUGUACGCCUCCACCGCGGUGAAUGUCGGAGAGCCUAGCACAGGUUGGCCCAAGCAAUACGCCAGUGACCUCUAUCGUUUCAACUCGUCUACGUACGUCCCGGAGCUUUCCUCUUUCACACAGACUUCUAACCCUCACAUCUCGAUGAACUGCUCGGAUGUCGGGCAGUACAUUCGACUCGAGAAGGCUGGCACGGGUGUGCUAGGGGUGAGCGAGGUAGCUGUGUACGGGGGAUGCGUCAAGUGUGCGGUCAAUGCGACAACAUUGCAAAGCGGCUCGACUUCAAUAUCCGAUUGCGGUUCCAUCGCUCAGACGUAUACCGACGCGAAUGUCAAUCAAUCUUGUAUCAAUUAUGCUAUGUCUCUUUAUCAAUAA